AGACUAAAUUAGACUAGAAGACCACCAGCAAGAACUUCCUUCCUUCUCAGAAACCUCUAGAAACCUUGAAAGGCUCAGCUCUCUCAGAUCCUCCUCAAUUCGCUCCCGAAACGAUGCCGUCCCGGAGAAGAACGCUCCUCAAGGUCAUCAUCCUCGGCGACAGCGGGGUUGGGAAGACUUCUUUGAUGAAUCAAUAUGUUAAUAAGAAGUUCAGCAAUCAGUACAAGGCGACAAUCGGAGCCGAUUUCUUGACGAAAGAAGUGCAGUUCGAAGAUAGGCUCUUCACCUUGCAGAUUUGGGAUACCGCUGGUCAAGAACGGUUUCAGAGCCUUGGUGUAGCAUUUUAUCGCGGUGCUGACUGCUGUGUUCUUGUUUAUGAUGUUAAUUCAAUGAAAUCUUUUGAUAACCUUAACAACUGGAAGGAGGAAUUCCUUAUUCAGGCUAGUCCGAAUGAUCCCGAAAACUUUCCAUUUGUUGUAAUUGGGAACAAGGUUGACGUAGAUGGUGGAAAUAGCAGAGUGGUGUCAGAAAAAAAGGCUAGAGCUUGGUGUGCAUCAAAAGGAGACAUUCCGUACUAUGAAACCUCUGCCAAGGAAGGCAUUAACGUGGAAGAAGCUUUCCAGUGCAUAGCGAGGGAUGCCCUGAAGAGUGGGGAAGAGGAGGAGAUAUACUUGCCGGACACUAUUGACGUUGGAAGCAGCAAUCAGCCCAGGUCAAGUGGAUGUGAGUGCUAAAUAUUUCAACUGAAUUCUUUCCUCUUAAAAGAAUAAGUCAUCUUUGGAAGUACAUUAGUCACGGAUGUUGUAUAUUACUGUUUGUGUGGAGGACAAAUUGGUCUCAUUAAUGCUCUAUUCAUCUCGGUUGUGUGGUGCCUUUCUUUCUGACUUGUGGUUAGUUUGAUCUGAUUUUCCUUUUGCUUCGCCACUAUUAUCCUGUAUUUCUUAAAACAGUACAUUCAUUUUAUUUCAAUCACUGGUACAGAACUACA